CAACCAUUCAGGAAUAGCAUCUCUUCUCCGCCGCGGUCAUUCUCUGCAUCCAAAUCAUCCUCGACAAUCCAUACACUGAACAAUCAGUGAGACAUCAGAAGUGCUGAGUCAGCAUCUCCGCCACUUCCGCUCGACAGGACCCUUUAGGGGGACUUUCAAGGGUUCUGCUGCCAUCUCAGCUCCAGGACGGUCUCUACCACCGUCCAAAUGGACACAUACUAUGUUCAGCAACCACCAGAUAAGGCGCAAGCCCCUUCCGCCAGCUGACGACGAUGGGACCAUCCGUGGGGUCAUCAGGGUUUCGCCGUGCCCCACCCCCACUCCUCUGGGAAAGCCACCCCUUGAUGCGCAACCACCGCCAUACACACCGAUGCGAACCCCAUCGCCACGGCCACUGCUUCCAGUGCAGACCAUUCCCACACGCGCAACCACUACCAACCUUCCGCCUCACGCGCCAGCAGCAAUCCCUGCACCGAGCCUCUCCCGCACAACCACUGACCUCUCAGGUGCUCAGAAAGCCUACGGCGAAGCGCGACACUUUCUCGGUGGACUGCUCAGUCAUCCGACCGAAAGCACCAAGCAUGUCACCAUUCUGCGUCAUUCCUCCGGCGUCGUCUUCUACCGCGGCAGCACCACCUCUGUCACCGUCUCCGUCUUCUCCGACGCGCCUCUCCCCGCUGACCGCAGGGUGUACCUCCAAUCCAAGGGCUGGACCGGCAAGACCGGCAUGCGGACCAAGGCCCUGCUCCGGCUGACGGAUGACUGGGUGGACGUGACGCCCUCCCAUGCCGUCCAGGCCAAUCAGGUCGAACCCGCCGAUGAGCGCGCCUGGCAGCGUGACAUUGCCAAGUUCCUCAAAAAGGCCCCACCGCGGUUGCGCGACACCCAUCGUCUGCGAGAGACGAUCGUAGCUAGGAUCCCGGCCGACGCCGGGGAUGGCUACUUCCAGCUCGUGCUGUGCGGGAACGGCAAGAAGAAGGUCCUCUGUUACAGUCCGGUCUUCCGGGUCCUCUCCACAUCAUUGAGCCCCAGCUCCGUCCGGGGAGCGAGUCUCUCCACCAUGCCCUUGGAGGUGGGCGCUAUGGUCGUCGGGAUGUAUGUGCAGACGGCGGCCGAGGCAGUGAUUGCGCCCGUCACCGCCGCGGUCCAGAGCCGGAUCCAGCCGUACCAGCCGAGCUGGAAGACGCAGACGGCCGCCGAGACGGCGUUUUCCCUGAGCGGGGCAGGCGAUCGCGUGAAUGCACUGGUGUCGGCUGGGGCGGGCAAUGCCAACGCCUCCCCGGCGGCGGCGGGAUGUCAGCCCGUCACCGUGGAUCUAGGUCCACAGGCACCAUUCCCGGUAGACUUCACGGCGCGCGUGGAGGGGGCGGUGGGUGGGGACGGGGCGGUGGGUGGGGACGGGGCGAGGUACCGGCUGUGCAGGGUUCCUGGGAUGAUCGAGGACCAAUACCGGGGUUUCUUCUUUGGCUGGGCAUGGAUGUGUCAGUCGGAAGGGGCAGCAGCGGAUACAACCCGUCCCCGUCAAUGGCAGGGCAUGGUGCUCUCCAUCCUCCCAUACAACCCCACCCAGCAGGCGCGGGUCAAUCUGUCUCAGGCUCGGGACAAGGAGACCAUCGUCCGUCUACUCGAUGAUUCCAUGCCCGUCAGCCCACAAUCCCGCCUCCAGAUCCGUAUCAUGGGCUAUCUCCGUGCCGAUCUGCCCCCCGCGACGGGCAUUACGGAAAGAGAACUCCAGGAGGCACGGGAGGCAGCGGCCGAGGCGGCCAUCCUCGCAGAUGCAUGCGAUAUGGCGUAUGCGCAGGAGGUGCUGGCGCAUCCUGCCUGGGGCGCGGGGGACGAGGGCUGUGAGGCGAAUGGGCAGGCAGGCACUUGGGCCACGAAUCUGAGGUAUCGCGGGCAGCGGAUGGUGGAGGAUGUGCCGCUGCAUUGGAUCGGGGUGAGGGGGCCGAAUGCGGGGCUGGCGGAGAGACGGCUGGCGAUGAAUGGGUUUUAUAUUGUGAGGUGACGGUCUGACUUGGUAGCAUUGUAUGUGGUAUCACCUCACAGGCAUGGACAUAAUUAUCCAUUUGAAUGCAUCCGUUCAUACAUUGAUGGCUAGCUGCGAUAAGCAGUCUCCGGGCUGGCUCUUGUGUUGUCUUCGGUACGUUUCGGGCGUCUGAUGGUACACAAUAAGCAUAGACCUGGGAGAGAUGCACAUGUAAAUUACCAGAUGCUUACUCUACCUGACUGAUAUCUGG